AUGUACAAACGCGUUCGCAAUAUAGUGGUCGUAGCGCGAGCGGGCGGUGCGAAGCAGGAUGAAGAUACUGCUAGAUUACAAGAGAUCCCAACAUUUCUGCCUAUUAUGCGGGGAACGCUGGGACUGCCCGGCGCAAGGGACCCUGAAGUGUUAGAAGGCCUAGACUACCGGCCGUGGGUGCGUCUGACGUCACGCCUGCAGGCGCACUUGGCCGCGUGUGCGCAACCGCUCGCCGCCGACCAGAUUGCACUCGCCGGUAAAGUUAAGGAGGCGGACACCGAAGUGUCCCGUCUUUACUCUCAGAUGGUGGACAAGCAGCGAGCCAACGCGAGACACGCCGAGCGCCUGUCCCGCGUGCAUGAGGUGGCCCAUCAGCUGUCCCGGUGCAACUCGCUGCUUAACCAGACUCUUCAAGACAUAGAAGAACUGAACCUACUGCUCCCAGAAGAGAAGAGACUGGAACCAUUCGUGUGGAGCGCCGAGCGGUGAAACUGUACAUAACAUCAUCAUAAAAAAAUUCAUAAAACUCAUUUAUUUCUGUAAGUAUGCUUUAAAAAAUUAACUUAAAAAAACCGACUUCAACAAAUCGUUCAAAUUGGUUCAUAAACGGCGGAGAUAUUGCGUAUAAAAAAGUUCAUCCCCAAUUUUCCACCCUUGGAGGUUGUUUUUUCUAUUAUUAAAUUUAAAUGGGACCACCCUUGAGGUAUUACCCAUACGCCGAAAAAAGAUUUGUUCAAAUCGGUUCAUAAUUGGCGGAGUUAUCGCGUAACAAACAUAGAAAAAAAAAACAUACGGGUCGAAUUGAGAACCUCCUCCUUUUUUGAAGUCGGUUGAAAAGCACUUUUACACGUCCCAGUAUUAACCCUACCACUGCUUCGGGACAAUAAAUGGGCCAGUGCUGAGAAGAAGCAGCGCAAGAAACUCAGUCACUAUUGUCAUCAUCAUCAUCAUCGUAGUGUGAGUUUUACACUUCUCAGCACCAGCCCAUAUGUGGUCCCGAAGUGAAAUGAAGAACAUUUCAUAAAUUCAAAGCACAUAUUAAAAGUACCUUAAUGAAAAAGGGCUACUAUAAAGUCGAUGAUUAUUUAAAAGAUAAAAAUGUUUGGGAUGCGUAACUGCCUAGCUCGCAUAAAUAUUUAUAACUAUUUAUUUUGAAAACCUGUAAACCUUUGAAAAAGAGGCUGACAAUAGUGUCUGAGUUUCUUGCGCUGCUUCUUCUCAGCACUGGCCCAUUUAUUGUCCUGAAGCAGUGGUAGGGUUAAUACUGGGACGUGUACCUAAAAGUGCUUUUUUAAAGCCUACUUACAGAAAUAAAUGAGUUUUAUUGAGUUUUUUAUUUAUAGUGGUGGUAGGGCAAGCUAUAUUUGGGACAUGUAUAAGUGCCCUGGAAAGGGCCUAUGUACUGAAUAAAAUAUUGAAUUUUGAAUUUUACAUCAAACGUCACUAGUGAGCGCGUAAAAAAAUUACAUUAAGGGUGGAUUCGACCAAAGAAGAGUAAAUAUCAAUCUCAAUAAAUCGUCAGUUUUGACAUAUUUCCCAUACUGAAACUGUCAAUGUGCCAGUUAUACCAGGAGUUAUUCUCGGAUAAGUUUGGUCGAAUUGGGCCUGAAUCACAAACGAUGCUCGCUAAAGUGAAGCAGCAAAUCGAACGCACAGCGUUGAAUAGAGCUCUGUGAUUGGUUCGUGUGUCACCCUGUGCGUCCACGCGCACUGUGAGACCUCAUAGUAAUGUUUGUGAAUACGGGCAAUAUAUUUGAGAAAUUGAUUACUUUAUUUAAUUUAAUUUUUAUAUACGCUGACAAAUAAAAAACGCUUGUAAACCAGUCAAACGGAAGAUUUCCUAAACAUAUAUUAUUAUGUAUGAAAUAUGUAAAUGUAGGAAUUGAAACCCAGGUUGUAUUUCUUCAGCUGUAUUUGUAUUUACUCCAGGAUAAACCACAAAAAAUAGGAACGUCUUAGAACCGUCUUAAUACUCAUCGUCUUCUGUUUUAAAAUCCCGUCGUUCUUACUUCCUCACUCAUUCAUUCCGUCUCACUCACUCCCUUGCGUUCCGUUUCACACUCCCACAUAAAUUAUUAUGGUUGAUAAUGUAUAAUGAGAAAUAAGGAUUUUUAUAGCAACAAUAUUGUAUGAGUGACAUUAUUUAAUACAUAUUUUCAAAAAAAAAUCUCAGCACCAGUUCUUAUGUUGUCCCGAAGUGGUAGGGCAAGCUAUAAAAAUCAAAAUCAAAAUUAUUUAUUCAGUUUAGACCACAAGUGGCACUUAUGAACGUCAAAAUAUAGUCUACUAUAUAGGUAUAUAAAAAUAAGUCAGGUUUUCCUCCCUGACGCUAUAACUCCAGAACGUACGAACCGAUUUCCACGGGUUUGCAUUAGUUGGAAAGGUCUCGGGCUCCGUGAGGUAUAUAGCAAAGAAAAUUCAGGAAAAUUUAACAAACGAAAUACCACGCGGGCGAAGCCGCGGGCGGAAAGCUAGUAAAUAAUAAAAAAAGAAAAGGUUGCCCUUAUGGGGCACUUUACAACAUGUCUCCUUAUCUUUUGGGCCCUACCAGCGCUUCGAGACAAACAUAAUAAUAUGGCAAGUGCUGAGAAGAAACGCCGGAACAAACUCGGUCACCACUAGUUGCCAGGAAUUAUCUAACGGUAAGAAUAACCAAAUUCAAGUACUUCUUAUAUGGGACGUGUAUAAGCGCCCUGGAAAGGCCUUAGGUAGUAUUGAAUAAAAGUGUAUUCGUAAAUUACAAGAAAAAUAUCUAAAUCAUGUUAUUCUGUAAAUACAGACAUGAAAAGAAAACAUCAUCGUUAUACAGUAUUAUUAGUGUUUUGUCUCUGUCACUCAUGUCAGCAUCUAGUUAUGAGUGACAGAGAUAGAGUUAGAUCCACAAAAUACAGAUGGACUUAUCUUUUUCGACAUAAACAAACAUGUCACUUUUGUAAAAGUUAAUAUUUAUAACUUUUUGUUUUAAAAUAUGCUUAAAAAUGUAUGAUACUCAAUAUUAUAACGAAAUUAAGUCUCCUGUAAUAUAUUUAAAGUUGAUUUGUAUAUAAAGGUCAUUUGUAAAUUA